CUCGAUGAAUGAGACUAGGUCGUUUGUGAGUGUUCCGGUGUUGAGAGACCUGUCACUCGUCAGUGUUUUGAUGUCAAAACAAAAAUCUGACUAUCGGGAAAGAAAGGAGAGGAAAAAAACUAAAUGAGGAAAAAAGAGCAGAUAACGAUGGAAGUAAAAGAGGAACCUCAGGAACUGAAUGAAGUGGAGGAGAAGCAGCAGGAACCUCAUGAUGUCAUCACUGAAGAAAAAUCUGACUCCAAUCAACAUGGAAAGAGUUCACAAAAAGGACAACAUAGUGAUGAUAUGAGCAUUAACGGUAAAGAGAAAAGUCACACAUGCCAGGAGUCUCGAGAAGGUUUUAAAUAUGCUAAAAACUUGAAGAAACAUUUGGGAACUCACACUGGAGAGACAUCCUACAAAUGCCCUCAUUGCAAUAAGGGUUUUACACAUUCAAAUAACUUUUAUAUACAUUUAAGAACUCAUCCUGAAGAGAUGCUGUACAAAUGCCCUCAAUGCGAAAAGGGUUUUACACGUGCAGAUAACUUUUAUAUACAUUUGAGAACUCACCCUGAAGAGACGCCAUACAAAUGCCCUCAUUGCGAAAAGGGUUUUACACGUGCAGAUAACUUUUAUAUACAUCUGAGAAUUCACAAUGAAGAGAUGCCAUACAAAUGUGAUCAGUGUGAAAAGAGUUUUAAACAUCAAGAUAACUAUAAGAGACAUUUGAUAACUCACACUGGAGAGAGACCGUACACCUGUCUUCAGUGUGGGAAGGGUUUUAAACUGAAAGUGACCCUUAAGAUUCAUGAACUAAUUCACACUGGAGUGAAGCCUUACACCUGUCCUCAAUGUGAAAAGAGUUUUAGACAGAAAUCUAAUCUUAAGAGUCACAUAACAUUACACACUGGGGGGGAACCUUACAUCUGUCCUCAGUGUGGAAAGGGUUUUACACAGAAAGCACAUCUUAAGUGUCACAUAACAAUUCACAUCGGUGACAGACCUUUUACUUGUCCUCAGUGUGGAAAGGGUUUUCUAAAAAAAAUAAGACUGGAAGAUCACUUGAGAGUUCAUACAGGAGAGAAACCUUUCAAGUGUACUCAGUGUGAAAAGAGUUUCAAAAAUGCAUCAUAUGUCAAAGUCCACGAGCAGACUCAUUGUAAAGAAAAAUCUUUUAACUGUGCUGAGUGUGGGAAAACAUUUGGCUCAGCAUAUUUCCUGAAACAACACAAGAAAAUUCAUGUCAGUGAAAAGCCUUACACUUGUUUUGUUUGUGGAAAGAGUUUUGUACUGAUUGAAAAUUUGAAAAAACACCAGAUAAUACAUACUGAUGAGAAAACUCAUGUGUGCUCUGAGUGUGGGAAAACUUUCUUGACAACCAGAGCUUUGACAAAGCACCAAAGAGUCCAUACUGGAGAAAAACCAUGAACAUGAGUGUGAAAAGAGAUUUACAGAUUUACAUUACUUUUAAGGCACACAAGAGUUUUUUUUAACAUGGAACAGUUUACUUGGAAUGCCAAUACCAAAAUAUUGUUUGCCAAGCCAUGUUGUUUUUGCUGAAGUAAAUAAAAGAGGAGUUAGAAGUCACACAAUACCAGUUGUUUCAAAACUUCUUGUAAACCUUAUUUGUGGUCCUCCAGGUAUUUUCAGUGUCCUAUGGCUUUGUUAGCUGGGAUUACACACCCCAAAAUUACGGCUGCGAUGUACAUGGUGCUGAAUUCAAGCGCAUCCCAUCAGCUCUGCUUAUUUGCGACCCUAUCCUAAUUUGCGCUGCUCUUAGUAGAUUGUGUUAUUUAAUUUGCUCUUAAGUAAAUAACCUGCAGAUAUUACCACUUUUUUGGAAUUGCACUCUCGCGCUAAUUUGCCUCAUUUAGUAAAUCUGGCCUAAUGUUAACUGCAGUCACUUUCCAAGAAGUUGGUCAGGAAACUCCAAUAGCAGAAUUCAACACUAAGCUCUGUCCACGCGUGCCAUCGAACACAAUGCACGUCACGUUUUCAAGUUUAAGGCGGCAGUUCAAUAUAGAGUAAUAGAGUAAAUCUAAUCAUCAUACAGUAAAAAUCACUUCAAGAAUAAAAACAUGGCAUUUAGUUUUGUUGUAAAACAGAAAAAGAAAGGCCAAUCUUUUAUUGUAAAAGCAGACUUUCUGCAGUCUGCAGAAAUACUACACACUCUUCAAGCCUACUUUGAAAUCAUUAUGUAGUAUUUGCAGCGUACGUUAAUAUUCUCUUAAUAUUUGUUUUUAACAAUGUGCUGCGCUGCCACACGUCGAAAUAAAUUAAAUAAGCAUUCAAUUUGGGGUAGCACCUGGGGUGGCCAGUCAGAUGUCGGGGGUCCAGUGCCACCCUGGACACCCCUCUGGCUCUGACAAUGAUAUGAUUUCCUUUUUUGCUAAAGGAGAGCAAAAAAAUUACAAUAUGCAAUUCCUACAGAUUAUGAAACUCUUAAAACUAGGGUUGUUCUGACUUGUAUCGGAUUGGUACGUGGGUUCCAUUUUCUUUAUAAACCUAGUUAUGCCCGUUAUAGCUAAUGCUGCAAAGCGAAACUCAUUUCUUCUUCGCUGCUCUGAAUGCAAACACCAGACAGUUGCCACACGCGUGACGCAACUGCUGUUUACUUAGGGCCUGUUUACACGAGAACGCUCGAGGUUAAAAACGUAAAAAUAUUUUAUCGGAUGUGCCUUUCGUUUACACGGCGACGGCGUUUUGGGGGCUUAAAAACGCAAAAAAGUGAAACCACCCUUCAGAGUGGAAAUCUUAAAAACGAUCUACCGUCGCGUUCUCGUCUAAAGAGUAAAAACGCAAAAGUCUGCUCACGGUGGCUCUCGUCGCGCACACGUUUACGUCACAGGCAUGCGCCAGUUCAGGAAAAUAACAACAAACAUGUCAGAUUAUUUCCAUACGUCGGACCUUCAAGUUGCCAUAGCAGCUCUGAUAAAUAUACAAGUCUUUCCAGCAGUUGUACGAAUUAUUCACAGCAAGUAUUACUGAUCAGAGAAGGCACAUUAAUUACCUCAGUGAAACUGUUGAUGCGCCAAUUCGUCGGAGGCAAACCAGACGGCUUUGAAUGAGACCUGGGAGAACCAGGAAGAAGGUUGUACGCAGGCUCACGAGCCGUUUCUCAAUGUCAAGGAAACUUCCUUGGCAGGACUAGUCCUUACAAGUCACUUCCUUCAGAGGCUAGGCGAGGCUCCUCUUAAGCAUUCGGAGAAGACGUUAAAUGGAACAGGCUAGCAAGUGCACGUCACUACGUCAUUGCGUGAUUGAAAGGUGUGCUUUCGGUGCUGCGCGCAUAGGAUUGUGGGUGAUUUCAGCGCGUGAAGAGCGCGAAGGAUACAAAUUUGCAUCCUUUCCUGUAUAUGGGAUAUUUCUCAAACGAAGGACUCAGUCCUUGGCUGACAUUUCGAGGAUCCUCGACAUUGGAACAGUCCUUUGACGGACGUCGAUGACGUAGCAUCCUCGAAAUUCUAGCUUCCGAGGAUCCUUCCUUGACAUUGAGAAACGGCUACGGACUUGGUGUUGUUGUGUGUCAGUGCUUCACAUUGCCACCUAGCCGCCUGGAGUGCAUACUACAUCAAAUAUCACACACUUUUGCGUCACCAUAUGCACGCAGAUUUCCCCCUCAAAAUGCUCGUAUAAACGCGGAAUAAAAAGUGAUAACGCAACACCACUUUUGCGGUUUCUUUUCAGAUCGUUUCCAUGUAAACGUAGCCUUAGAAAUGAAAGCGCGCAGCCAUAUGUCCGCUGUUUGUUAGUAUUUCAGACUAAUAAAAUGUUGACAUGUCUAAUAUGCCAUGCUGCAUUUUCGAUGGGUUGCACAAGUAUUAAUAACUUUUAUUAUUGUUAAUAAUAAUAAAAGUAACUUAUUAUAGCAUUUGAAGACGCUUUACCCUGAAAACAUGAUGGUUACAAUCAAGUCUCUUAUUUCACUACAUUGUAGCUACACUUGGUGUUUUUAAAGGAGCUUUAUUUUGCUUUGUAUUUAAAAACUGAAAUGCCUUUUGUUUAACGAAAUUGUUUCUAGACUUUUAAGUUUUAAAUAGAUUAUUUUGUUAUAUUAUUGAUAUAAUUUUUUAUUCCUUAUUUGUUUGCACUGUUUCAUACAGUUAUAUUCUAAAACUAAAAUGCCCUUUCUGUUUAUAGUGUUAGGUUUGUGGCUCUUUCUCCCUUAGGAAAAAUAAAUAUAACUGUCAAAUGUCUUUCAGCAGGGCUCAACAUAAAGGACUGCCUGGUUGCCCGGGGCAAGUGUGAGAGACGUUCGGGCCAGUAAAACGUAUUGUCACUUUCCCGAUCGGGCCAGUGCUUCACUCUCAGUCACUUAAAUAUAUUUUUCAUCAAUGUAUAUUAUUUAACAUCUUGGAAGCAGACAUUUACUUGGGUAAAACACGACGAAAGAAACAAUGCAAUAUUUUGCAGAGUUUGCUGUCAGUUUACAGGUAAAGCAGAAAAGUUGGGAAUCUUUUUUUCUUUGGAACAUGUCUGUUGUACAUGUAUACAAUUAUACUUUUUUUAUUAUUAUUUUAUUAAAAUUAUUAUUUUUACAUAUGUUACAUUGACAGUUUUUUUUAUUGGGGCCAGUGAAAAUUUUGGCAGGGCAACUGAAAACCUGAACGCCAGUAUAAAAAAUUAUUUGCGUUGAGCCCUGCUUUCAGAUAAUAAUACUCUAGUUCACUGUAUGUAUCUUUUCAUGUUUUAUACAGGAAAAAGUCUAAAGCACACCAUAAAACAGUUAUAUCCAUUCUUACAGGGCUAGUAGUAUGUACAGCUGUAUAUUAUACAGAUACACACACAGGUAUCGGACCGGUACUCUGUAUAUGCCGAAACCCCGAGCCCAGGUAUCGGGAAGAGAAAAAUGGUAACGGAACAUCUCUACUUAAAACCAAAUAUAUCCUUUUUAAAUGUAACCUCUUUAGUGAGUAAAUAACUUAAUGUCAAUGAAAUGAUAGGUGUAAGAAAUGCAUUGUUAUGAUAUUAAAAUUUAAUUUUUGUGGUUUUUAAGUUUACUAAAUAAUCUCAAAAUAUGAAUCAUUUAUUUCCCACAAAUCUGUCAAAUAAGUUUUUUUUUUUUUUUGAGAAUUUGAGCUUUAAUAUGAUGGAGUGAUGGUGGGUAAAAUAUGAAUGAAUUUCAUUUUGAGUGAAAUAUUCCUUUCAUUGUUGCAAAAUCACAUAAACUAUUGCAGUUGUAUUGGGUGGGGGGGUGGACACUUUGGAAUGUGUUUAUAUAUUUCAUUGAUGAUGUUUUUUGUAGAUUGUUGUAUAGAAAUCAUAAUUCUGACCAUGGUAAUGAG